AUGGCUCGGACAAAGCAACGUGUUAAGGCUGUGCUGCCGGUGCUUCUAUUUUUGCUGCUCGUGACGUCAGCAUCGUAUGUUGCGGCUGCAUCCAAGCGAUUUGUCUCCUCGCGGCGCAUUCUUGGCGGGGGAAUCCCCGGCGGGACUGUGAACCACCUCCAGAAAUCCGUCGAGUCGACCCCAACCGCCGUGAAACUGGCAAGCAUCACCAAGCACACUUCCGACAGCAGCACUUCACUGAAACAGCCACUCGAUUUAAUACCCUCCCGCCCGACCAAGGUUGACAAACCUGCUAGCAUCCCCACCACCACCACCGCCACCACCACCCCUUCCUCCCCUCCCUCCACCAUCGCCCCCUCUAUAACCCCCCCUGCCUCCACGUCCUCCCCUUCCUCCCCCAUCGCCCUCUCUAUACCCCCCUCUCCCGCCCCCACCACCUCCUCCCCACCCGCCUCCUCAUCCUCCUCUCCCUCCCCCUCGCCCCCCAUACCCACCUCGUCCCCCCCCUCUCCCGUACCGCUCCCCAACCCCACCACCAUAGUCAUCCCUGCUCCCGCCCCCGUAGUCCCCGCCUCCGUCCUUGCCCUGCCUGCCCCUGCCUCUCUCCCCCCCCUGCGCCUUCGAUCGUGGAGCACUCAGCUUCUUGCUCGGUACGCACUAAUGGACGACAGUCAGCAGCAGCAGCUAGCAGAGGACAUCGGUUCCACUCGCCCCAUGGUGUUGCAGAACCUCAGGGACCUCGCACACAACGCCAUGCUCUUCACUCGCCCCAUGGUGUUGCAGAACCUCAGGGACCUCGCACACAACGCCAUGCUCUUCUGA